UAAAGUGGAGAUGAGGUUGCUAUGGAAACUGGUAAUUCUGCUGCCACUCAUAAACUCUUGUGCAGAAGGCCGGUGGAGCAGACCUAUUUUCACUCAGGAACCUCAAGACGUCAUUUUUCCUUUGGAUUUAUCACGAUCUGAAAUCAUUCUGAAUUGUGCUGCUAAUGGUUACCCUUCACCCCAAUAUAGGUGGAAGCAAAAUGGUACUGAUAUUGAUUUUACCAAGAGUUAUCACUACAAGUUGGAUGGAGGCAGACUGGCCAUAAGUAGCCCCCACACAGAUCAAGAUAUUGGCACGUACCAGUGCCUGGCGACCAACCUUCUGGGGACGAUUCUGAGUCGGAAGGCUAAGCUUCAGUUUGCCUAUAUUGAAGACUUUGAAACCAAAACAAGAAGCACAGUGUCUGUUCGAGAAGGUCAAGGCGUGGUGCUUCUCUGUGGGCCGCCACCUCAUUUUGGAGAUUUAUCUUAUGCAUGGACCUUCAAUGAUAACCCCCUAUAUGUUCAAGAAGACAACAGGCGGUUUGUAUCUCAAGAGACAGGAAACUUGUACAUUGCUAAAGUAGAGCCAUCAGAUGUGGGCAACUACACUUGCUUUGUAACAAACAAGGAGGCUCAAAGAAGCGUUCAAGGUCCACCCACUCCUUUAGUGCAGCGCACUGAUGGUGUGAUGGGGGAGUAUGAACCAAAGAUUGAAGUGCGUUUUCCUGAAACUAUACAAGCUGCAAAGGAUUCAUCUGUAAAACUGGAAUGCUUUGCCCUUGGAAAUCCAGUCCCUGAUAUUAGUUGGAGAAGGUUGGAUGGGAGCCCAUUGCCAGGAAAAGUCAAGUACAGCAAAUUUCAAGCUAUCCUUGAAAUCCCGAACUUUCAACAAGAGGAUGAAGGCUUCUAUGAGUGCAUUGCAGGCAACCUUCGAGGACGAAAUCUUGCAAAAGGUCAACUCAUUUUCUAUGCCCCUCCAGAGUGGGAACAAAAGAUCCAAAACACAUACCUCUCUAUCUAUGAUAGUCUGUACUGGGAAUGCAAAGCUAGUGGAAAACCAAAUCCUUGGUACACUUGGCUGAAGAAUGGUGAACGUCUGAACUCAGAGGAGAGAAUUCAAAUAGAAAAUGGGACGCUCACUAUAAUGAUGCUGAAUGUGUCAGAUUCUGGAGUCUACCAAUGUGCUGCGGAAAACAAAUAUCAGAUAAUCUAUGCUAAUGCAGAGUUGAGAGUAUUAGCCUCUGCUCCGGAUUUCUCCAAAAGUCCCAUCAAAAAAAAUUCCAUUGUUCAGGUUGGUGGGGAAAUUGCUAUUGAAUGCAAACCAAAUGCUUUUCCCAGAGCAGCUAUCUCUUGGAAGAGGGGAACAGAGGGCCUGAGACAAAGUAAAAGAGUGUUUCUCUUGGAGGAUGGAAGCCUCAAAAUACAUAAUGUUACCAGAUCAGAUGCUGGACCCUACACAUGUAUAGCCACAAAUCAGUUCGGCAUUGCAAAGAAUACUGGCAGUCUUAUUGUAAAAGAGCGAACUAUCAUUACUGUGCCCCCUUCUAAAAUGGAUGUGACAGUUGGAGAGAGCAUUGUCCUGCCUUGCCAAGUAUCCCAUGACCCCUCCAUUGAGGUCAUAUUUGUAUGGUCUUUCAAUGGAGUUAUCAUAGAUUUACAAAAACGGGUGACUCAUUUUGAAAGGAUUGGAGGAGAAUCUGUUGGGGAUUUGAUGAUAAGGAAUAUUCAGUUAAGUCACUCUGGAAAAUAUCUAUGCACUGUGCAAACAACCCUAGAGCGUUUAUCUGCUGCUGCUGAUAUCAUUGUCAGAGGUCCUCCAGGUCCCCCAGAGGAUGUGAGAGUUCAACACAUUUCAAGCACUACCUCUCAGAUAAGCUGGAAACCAGGACCAGACAAUAACAGCCCCAUUCAAAUAUUUACUGUGCAGACUCGGACACCAUUUUCUGUGGGUUGGCAAGCAGUUGCAACAGUCCCAGAAAUUCUCAAUGGUCAGACAUACAAUGCAACAGUGGUUGGUUUGAUUUCUUGGGUGGAGUAUGAAUUUCGUGUUGUUGCUGGUAAUAGCAUUGGCAUUGGAGAACCAAGCAAACCAUCAGAACUAUUAAGAACUAAAGCAUCAGUUCCUGGCGUGGCACCGAUAAACAUCAAUGGAGGUGGCGGAGGUCGAUACGAGCUCGUCAUUACGUGGGAGUCAAUUCCAGAAGAACUACAGAAUGGAGAAGGCUUUGGGUAUAUCAUUAUGUUCCGACCUGUUGGCUCUACAACUUGGACCAAGGAAAGAGUAGCACUUGUGGAAUCAUCAAGAUUUGUGUACAGAAAUGAAAGCAUCAUGCCUCUCUCUCCAUUUGAAGUCAAAGUGGGUGUGUAUAACAAUGAAGGAGAAGGACCCCUGAGCACCGUGUCCAUUGUCUACUCUGGAGAAGAUGAGCCUCAGUUGGCCCCAAGAGGAACAUCUGUCCAGAGUUUUUCUGCUUCAGAAAUGGAAGUUUCCUGGAAUGCUAUUGCCUGGAAUAGAAACACUGGAAGAGUGUUGGGCUAUGAGGUAUUAUACUGGACAGAUGACUCCAAGGAAUCGACAGUUGGCAAAAUCAGAGUCAAUGGGAAUGUGACAACAGCCAACAUCACAGGACUGAAAGCUAAUACAGUCUACUUCGCUGCCGUGCGAGCUUACAACACCGCGGGGACUGGGCCUUCCAGUCUCCCAGUCAAUGUCACCACCAAAAAGUCCCCUCCAAGCCAACCACCAGCAAACAUUGCCUGGAAGCUGUCAAACUCUAAAUUAUGCUUGAACUGGGAGCAUGUAAAAACUAUGGAAAAUGAGUCUGAGGUUUUGGGCUACAAGAUUCUGUAUCGGCAAAACAGACAGAGUAAAACUCAUAUUUUGGAAACAAAUAAUACAUCAGCUGAGUUGCUGGUUCCAUUUGAAGAAGACUACUUGAUUGAAAUAAGAACAGUCAGUGAUGGUGGAGAUGGAAGCAGCAGUGAGGAGAUCAGGAUUCCAAAAAUGUCAAGUUUGAGUUCCAGAGGAAUUCACAUCUUGGAACCUAGUGCCCAUUUCUUACCAGUUGUAACUUUGUACUCUUUUACUAUUGAGCUACUUAUAAGAUGA